CUUCGACCCAGAACCGUCAUGGAGGACCCGUGCGCCCUCAUCCAGCCGGACGGGACCAGCUUUGCGGACUUGAACUGAAGACCAGCUGCGGACAUGAAGUCUUUUCCCGGAGGCGGAGCGGCGCUGCUGCUGCUGCUGCUCGGCCGCUGCUGCUGCACCAGUCCCGGCAGGAGAGUGUGCCAGGGGAUGAGUAACCAGCUGACGUUGUUGGGGACUCGUGAGAAUCACUAUGACAACAUAAUGAGGAUGUACUCCAACUGCUCCGUGGUCCUGGAGAACCUGGAGAUCACCUACACACUGGAACACCAGGACCUGUCCUUCCUCCAGUCCAUUCAGGAAGUCGGUGGCUACGUUCUGAUCGCCAUGAACGAGGCCGAUACCAUCCCACUGGUCAAUCUGAGGCUGAUCCGAGGACAAAACCUCUACGAAGGCCAGUACGCUCUGCUGGUGAUGUCCAACUACAACAGGAACCACUCGUCUGCAACUCUGAGAUACACCAGUGGGCUGAGACAGCUGCAGCUCAGCAGCCUGACCGAGAUCCUGAAAGGUGGGGUGAAGAUGACCCACAAUCCCCUGCUGUGUAACACUGAGACCAUCCAGUGGUGGGACAUCCUGGACAAAGCCAGCAAUCCCAGAAUGCUUUUCAAGAAUAACACAUUUGCCGGCACAUGUGAGAAGUGUGACCCGGGGUGUGUUAACGGUUCAUGUUGGACAGCAGGACCGGAUCACUGUCAGAGAUUCACGAAGCUGCAGUGUGCGGAGCAGUGCAGCAGAAGGUGUCGGGGCCCAAAACCCAUCGACUGCUGUAACGAACACUGUGCCGCCGGCUGCACCGGCCCCCGGGCCACCGACUGCCUGGCCUGCAGGGAUUUUAAUGACGACGGCACCUGUAAAGACACCUGUCCUCCUCUGAAACUCUACGACCCCAAAACCCACCAGGUGGUCAACAACCCCAACGCCAAGUUCACCUUCGGAGCGACCUGCGUCAAGGCCUGUCCACAUAACUACGUGGUGACAGACGGGUCGUGUGUACGAACCUGCAGCGCUGGGAUGUACGAGGUGGAGGAGGACGGAGUCCAACGCUGCAAAGCAUGUGAUGGACCCUGUCCUAAAGCCUGUGACGGAAUCAGCGUCGGUUCUCUGAUCAACACCAUGGCGGUCAACGCCUCCAACAUCGAGUCCUUCAGGAACUGCACCAAAAUCAACGGGGACAUCUCCCUCAUCGAAACCUCUUUUACCGGGGACGCCCACUACAAAAUCCCGCCCAUGGAUCCGGUUAAACUGCAGUAUUUCAGGACAGUGAAGGAAAUCACAGGUUUCCUGCUGAUCCAGUCCUGGCCAGAGAACCGGACCUCGCUGUCGGUGUUCGAGAACCUGGAGAUCAUCAGAGGAAGAACCACACACUCUCAGUACAGUUUGGCGGUGGUGAAGGCGAAGCACCUCCGCUGGCUGGGUCUGCGCUCUCUGAAGGAGGUGAGCGCUGGGAGGGUGAUGCUGAAGGACAACCUUCAGCUCUGCUACACCCAGCAGGACCAGUGGACCCGCCUCUUCAGAUCCAGAGACCAGACCAUCAUCAUGCGCGACAACGCUCCCCCCGACGUCUGCAAACAACAGAAUCAAACCUGUGACGAGGAGUGUACAGACGGGGGCUGCUGGGGUCCGGGUCCCACCAUGUGCGUCUCCUGUCGGCGCUUUGACCGUAGGGGGCGCUGUGUGGCGUUCUGCAACCUGCUGCAGGGUGAACCCAGAGAGGCCGAGCUGAACGGCAGCUGCGUCGCGUGUGACCCAGAGUGUCUGCUGAAGACCGGGAUCCUGACCUGCCGCGGACCGGGUCCAGACCAGUGUUCCCAGUGCGCCCAUUUCAAAGACGGCCCUCACUGCGUGUCGCGCUGCCCCCACGGCGUGCUGGGAGACGGAGACACGCAGAUCUGGAAAUACCCCGACAGCACGGGCCAGUGCCAGCCCUGCCACCAGAACUGCACCCAGGGGUGUUCAGGUCCCGGACUGUCUGGAUGCACAGGUUCAGCCUCUCACUCUGCGCUGGCGGCGGCCGUGGUUGGCGGGUUGUUGGUCGCUGUCGUCGUGUCGUUGGUCAUCUUUGUGUUUCUGCGGCGACGGCAAAUCAGGAGGAAGAGGACUCUGAGACGCCUGCUGCAGGAGAGAGAGCUGGUGGAGCCGCUGACUCCGAGCGGUGAAGCUCCUAACCAGGCCCUGCUGAGGAUCCUGAAGGAGACGGACUUUAAGAAGAUCAGGGUGCUGGGCUCCGGGGCCUUUGGGACCGUCUUCAAGGGUCUGUGGAUCCCUGAAGGAGAGAAUGUGAAGAUCCCAGUAGCCAUCAAAGUUCUCAGAGAGGCCACAUCGCCUAAAGCCAACCAAGAAAUCCUGGAUGAGGCGUAUGUAAUGGCCAGCGUGGAUCACCCUCAUGUGUGUCGUCUGCUGGGAAUCUGCCUGACGUCGUCGGUCCAGCUGGUGACUCAGCUGAUGCCGUACGGCUGCUUGCUGGACUACGUCCGACACCACAGGGACCACAUCGGGGCCCAGUGGCUGCUGAACUGGUGUGUUCAGAUCGCCAAGGGGAUGAGCUACCUGGAGGAUCGUCACCUGGUGCAUCGAGACCUGGCAGCGAGGAACGUCCUGUUGAAAAGUCCUAACCACGUGAAGAUCACGGACUUCGGCCUCGCCAAGCUGCUGACCGCCGACAAGAAGGAGUAUCACGCCGACGGAGGGAAGGUUCCCAUUAAGUGGAUGGCACUGGAGUCGAUCCUGCAGUGGACAUACACACAUCAAAGUGACGUCUGGAGCUACGGUGUGACCGUGUGGGAGCUGAUGACGUUCGGCUCCAAGCCGUACGACGGCAUCCCGGCCAGUGAGAUCGCCUCAGUGCUGGAGAGAGGAGAGCGGCUGCCUCAGCCCCCCAUCUGCACCAUCGACGUCUACAUGAUCAUGGUCAAAUGUUGGAUGAUCGAGCCGUCCAGUCGUCCCAGGUUCAGAGAGCUGAUAGUGGAGUUCUCUAAAAUGGCCCGAGACCCGUCCAGAUACCUGGUCAUACAGGGUGACCUUCCCAGUCCAUCAGACAGCAGGUUUUACUCUCGCCUGCUGAGCUCAGACGACGCAGAGGAUGUGGUUGACGCUGAAGAAUACCUGCUACCUUACAAACGACUGGGUAACCAUGGCAACCGUCCCUGCAACGCCACGAACGGUCAUCCAGUCAGAGAGAACAGCGUCGCUCUGAGGUACAUCACUGAUCCCACCCACAGCCCGCUGGACAGAGAAGACGUCACCGGCCAUGAGUACAUGAACCAGAGUGUGAGUGAAACCAGCCGGAGCAGCAGGCUGUCCGAGGCUUUGAACCCCAACUAUGAGGACCUGAGCCUGGGCUGGGGCGCAGCCUCCCUCCCCUUUGUGCAGGUGGAUCUGAAGCCCCCCAGCCGAGUUUCUGAGGGACCAGAAUACCUGAAUACUGCCCAAAGCUCGCUCCCCCCGGCCGCCAGCGACAUCCUCGACAACCCGGACUACCAGGCUGACUUCCUGCCCCAGACUGCCGCCGCCGCCACUUCUUUGACCAGUAACGGUGUGUUCCUCCCGGCGGCUGAGAACCUGGAGUACCUGGGUGUGGGUGCUGCACUGCACGCUCCUGCCCGCUAGAGGGCAGCAGCAUUCAGACACUGCAGGCUGAAGCUGUGGGCUUCAGAGGGAACAGUGUAGCCUCCUCUGAUUCAGGCUGCUGACAGUAUUUACCUGUUUUACCUGAGGAAACACUGACUCAUCAUUCACACUCAGAGCACACCGUGUGCUGCUCAGAGGCACUCAGGCAGCUGUUACUGAGGAACACCAGAGCCAGACUCUUUACAGGGAUUCACACCGACAACCUUCUGCUCACAAACUGGACGUUGUGGGAACGCCAUGGAAACCGAACAUCCAGCAGCUGCUGUCGAGACACACACUCAACAAAACUCACCAAAAACACACUCGUUAGUUUGUCCACCUUGGACUUUAGUCACAUGAUGGACACAAACUGAACUGAGAGGCUCAGAAACUCCUUAGAUCCCUGAGUCUUUUCCAGUUUCCUCAUCUUCCCUUGACAUUCGUGUGUGAAUGAGUUUGUUGCUAAUAAAACUGGGAGCACUGGAAAUAAAAUCACUGAAACAUG